UUCCUUUGAUGCAGCCAUUGGCUGCUCCACGAUAGGUCUUCUUGCCAAAUAGGUGGAUCCUUCUUCUCCCUCUCUCUCUCUCUCUCUCUUUUUUUCUGCUGGCAUUGGCAAAGGCAAAUGGUUGGGGACUGAGCAUGAAAGGAGAAAGCAAGCAAGCCAGAGAGUUUAGGAGGAAAAAGGAAAAGGAAAAAAGGGGGGAAAACAACAACAACAAAAUCCCCCAUAUCCCAGCAGUUGGGUUUUGCCAGCAGCCGAUCACAGCUGAUCCCAGAGCGGAGUCUGCCCCUUUUCCCCUAGACCUGCGAUCACCCCUAUUCUCAGGCGGAGGGAGCCACAUCUAAGUUGCAUCUUUGCAUUUCUGCCAACGCUGAGAGAGAUUCUUCCCUGGUCUCAGCUUCCCCUCUCUGAUUAGUUGCUCUUGUCCUUCCUAUUUUUUUAAAAUUUUGUUUCCUUCUUCCCUUUAUCACUAUUAUUGCUGUUAUUGUUGCUAGUAUUUUUUUUAAACAGCCAUUUGGCAUUUUUAACCUAUUUUGUGCAUGUGGCACAGGCAGAGUGAUGUUGAUUUAUUUCUGUCUUCGGCUGAGGUUUCCCUUCCUAGCUGCCUUCUUUCAGUUUUUAGUCCUUCCCUUUUGUUUUCCCACUCAUUUUAUUAAAUAAGACUUGAACAUUUUAGUGAACAGUUUGUAGUGAAAGAUGCAGCCAACAGUUAUUUUCUACUUAAUUUAAGAAAUAUCCAGCACUCUUGUAUACCCUUCCUUCGUGCAGUUUUACUUUCCUCUUUUUUCUCCUCUCCUCACUUUCCACCCCGUAUACCCACAAUAUCGUCCGCCUUCUAUUCUCUGCAAUUCUGAGCCCAGAAUUUCUGAAUCGGGGGCUUAGCUUCGCCGGGAUGAGACAGAGCAAUGGAUGAAUUCCACCCCUUCAUUGAAGCUCUCCUUCCUCAUGUCCGUGCCUUUUCCUACACAUGGUUCAACCUGCAAGCUCGGAAGCGAAAGUACUUUAAGAAGCACGAGAAGCGAAUGUCAAAGGAUGAGGAACGAGCUGUGAAGGAUGAAUUACUUGGUGAAAAGCCCGAGAUCAAGCAGAAAUGGGCAUCCCGACUCCUGGCCAAGCUACGCAAGGAUAUCCGCCCAGAGUUUCGUGAGGACUUUGUCUUGACCAUCACGGGCAAGAAAGCACCGUGUUGUGUCCUCUCCAAUCCAGAUCAGAAAGGCAAAAUUCGCAGGAUUGACUGCCUGAGGCAGGCUGACAAGGUUUGGAGGCUGGACCUAGUUAUGGUCAUCUUGUUCAAAGGGAUCCCCCUUGAAAGUACUGAUGGGGAGCGGCUAUACAAGUCGCCGCAGUGCUCAAACCCGGGCCUUUGCGUCCAGCCACACCACAUUGGAGUCACAAUUAAAGAACUGGAUCUUUACUUGGCGUAUUUUGUUCACACUCCUGAAUCCGGACAAUCAGACAAUUCAAACCAGCAAGGAGAUGCGGACAUUAAACCACUGCCCAAUGGGCAUUUGACCUUCCAGGACUGUUUUGUGACAUCAGGCGUUUGGAAUGUUACCGAGCUGGUGAGAGUGUCACAAACUCCUGUUGCCACAGCGUCUGGUCCAAACUUCUCUCUGGCUGAUCUGGAGAGUCCCAGUUACUACAACAUCAAUCAAGUGACUCUUGGUAGACGGUCAAUAACAUCUCCACCUUCUAGCAGUUCCACCAAACGGCCUAAGUCACUAGAUGACAGCGAAAUGGAGAGUCCAGUAGAUGAUGUGUUUUAUCCUGGAACAGGACGAUCUCCAGCAGCUGGCAGCAGCCAAUCCAGUGGUUGGCCCAAUGAUGUGGAUGCAGGACCGGCUUCUUUAAAGAAGUCAGGAAAGCUGGAUUUCUGCAGUGCCCUGUCCUCCCACACCACCUCCCCGAGAAUGGCUUUCACCCACCACCCGCUGCCUGUCCUAGCAGGAGUCAGACCAGGAAGCCCCCGUGCCACAGCGUCGGCCCUGCACUUCCCGUCAACCUCCAUCAUCCAACAGUCCAGCCCCUACUUCACACACCCGACCAUCCGCUACCACCACCACCACGGCCAGGACUCGCUGAAGGAAUUUGUGCAGUUUGUAUGCUCGGAUGGCUCAGGCCAGGGCUCUGGGCAGCCUAACGGUAGCGGCCAGGGCAAAGUCACGGGGUCAUUUUUGCUGCCGCCACCUCCACCUGUGGCCAGACCAGUGCCCCUUCCAAUGCCUGAUACAAAAUCCACCAGCACUAACCCAGAGGGCGGAGCGCCGACACCAACGUCACCCUCAUUCUCAGCGCCAGGCUCCUCCUCCUCUGCCAACCGGUUUGUCGGCAUCGGACCCCGGGACGGCAACUUUCUAAACAUCCCCCAGCAAUCUCAGUCUUGGUUCCUCUGACAGGAUCUUCAAGUGAAGAAAAAUGAUGAUGAUGAUGAUGACAACAAUGAUAUUUUUUUCACUCAAGCCCUGCGAAUCAGAACCUUCAGUCCUUAACCUAUAUCUUCACUGAGCUGCUCCUCUUCAAAGAAAAGUAAGAGACAUUGGGUAACACAGAUGAGAAGCUUAAAAAAAAUUAUGUUGGACCUCCCUGAUCCAAAGCAGAUUUUGCAUUUGCAUAGGAGAAUCUUGUCUUCUCAAAGAAUCUCAUCAACUCACACUGAAGUAACUCUCUGUUAAAAUAAUGUAUAAAAUAGUUCUGGACAGGCCACCCAAACAAUGGUGUUUUUUUUUGUUUUGUUUUUUUGUUUAAAAAGGGAUUUUUCUUCAUUCAUCAUGGGCAAAGAAUAACACUCACAUCUACCAGUCUCAAAUCCGAAAACUAUCUCAAGAUUUAUGAGGGAAUUCGUUUGCUGGGGUAUGAAAAAUGCUGGGGUAUGAAAAUAUGUUCCCUAGAGAUUUGUCUACUUAUUAGCCUAAGUCCAAGGUGAAUUCUGACUAUGUUAAACAAACUAAGAGCACUUGCUUAAUCAGGUCUUGAGUCCCUCAUUGCUUUGAAGAAGCACCUGCAGAGAUAGGUGGAGGCUGCAGGCAAAUCAAAUUUGGUCUUAGUUCCACUCAGUGAGUAGGCCAAUUCAGUGCACCAUUGUGGUUCAGAUAUGGAAAUGGUUUAGAUUAAGCAUUACUUCUCCCACCAUAUGUUCCCUUGUUAAUCAAAUUAAUAUUGUAUUUCUACAAGCGAAAACAAAGCAAAAGCAGAAACACUCCUGAAUACCAGAUGUUCCAACUGAAUUCCAUUCCAGAGCAAGGAAUAAAUUCCUCUUCCUCCCCUCCCUCCUCAAACAUGCAUGCACACACUGACCCCAGCACAAAUCUUUUCUCUGCUGAUCUUGGUAAUCUAGUGCUUCCUUGUAUUCCUUGCUCUGAAUGAACUUUUCCUGCAUCUCAGAAAAAACAAUGUCUGGAUUACAUGGAAAAUAUUUCCAGUCUUAUUCUGCAUGAACUGGAAUUCCUUUCCCCAUAGUAACAAGAAAUAUGGGCACUCUUCGGUUCAUGGUGACAGGCUAGAUUUGACUGGAAAGUGUUUCUCUUUGAAAAGAAACACCUUGCUGCUAUUGCAAAUGGACAAAUACUUAGGAUAGUACAGUAUUCAUUCUUUUUAUAAAUAAUUAAAAAAAGAUUAGCAAGGCAGCAAAGGGGCAUACUUCAGCUGUACCCCAAACUGACCAUUGGGGCUAGAGUAGCUAGCUCAGACAGGUACGUUUCGUCAGAGUACCCAACCUAGUCUAGGCUUCGGCCUUGUGAGAUUGUGGGUGUCUGUUAUUACUAUGGUUUGAUACUUUUGCUGAUCCCUUUUCUCCACUUCAUUUUCUUACUCUUUGAGUUGUUGCAUUUCCUUUGGCUUCCUCUACAUACAGGUGACACCAGCAAUUAAGUACAAUUGGGUUUUGUUGUUACUGUUAAAACAAACAAAAAUGAAGAUCUUAACAGUCACAGCAUACCAUAGUGCAACAAAAUGAAUUGUAUAUAAUUAGAAGUAAUGGAGGCUGUCUAAUGGGUAGUUAUGAAGGUUUGACACUACCAACUGUACACCAUGUGCAAAUGCACACAUGUGCACCAGAUCAGUUACACAGUUCCAUGCACUUUCCUCUUUCCUUGUCUCACACUACAGCAAAACCUGUGAGAGAAACCAGCAUCCCUUUCUGUUGUGCACCCAUGAGAUGAUCUCUCUUGUUUCUUUUUCCAGCAUUUUUGAUAGAAACCUCUCCUUAGCAGAUGCUGAGUUUUGGGGACAUGAGCUUUGCCAAAUUAUUUGGAGUUUAUCUCCCAUGCUCCAUUGUUCCUAUUAACUAUGCUCACCUCUGCAUGAGGUAUCAUUGGUUCGUACUGGCCGGCAGUGAAGUUCUAUAUCAGAGUAAGGGGUAAGGAUAGGGAUGAGGAAUUGUCUGAUUUGGAAAGGGCCAGAAAGUAAUGCAGGGAACAGGUUUCUGUGCAAUUAGUCCAGAGCAAUUGUAUUUAGGCACAUGAUUUGCAAUACCUGAAGUUGUGUUCCAAAUAAUUAGUUUGAUCUAGAGACUCUCCUGAAGCUGUUCUUCUAUUUGCUACAGUAAUGCUCAGUUGAUUCAUCCCAAGGAUUUCUGGAGCAGUUUAGUCCAAAACCAACCUGCUGGUGAGAUCAAGAAUCUGCACCCUUGUCCAAGUGCAAUGAUUUUUUAGUCCCAAAUGGACAAACAGGGUCAAGGAGGGAAUUUGAGGGUUGCAGAUUUGCCUCUCUCCUCUGCCAGCAGUAGGCUCUCAUGCUUAUCCUACAAUCCACAUGUCAGAGGAAUGUUCUGAAUUCCCCUGUCCUGUACACACAUGCAAAUGGACAUACACCAGCAGACACUCACAUCCAAGGCCUGCUCUUGUGGAGGAUUCAGAGCCUGACCUUGCACAGCUGCAGGACAGCUGUUCUAUAAAGGAGGAGGUCUUCUUUGUAAGGAAAAUUGUAAUGGAGUGAGCAGCCUGCGUGUAGAUAUUUUGGGACUGCCACAAAGAGGAGACACUCAUCUGAUGCUUUAGUCAUUGGUGUAAACCAGGUCUAUUCCUGUAAAGUAACAAUGGAGACCUGAAUUUCCUGAAUUCUAGGAUUAGCAUUCUACCUGCUGCUUCUGUCAUAAUGUCCUCUCACAUUAAGUUCUCUUAAUGUUAUUGAAAAAAUAAGUAUAGUGUACCAGAGAUGACAUUGAAAUAAAAAUUCACACCAUGAUUGUUGAUCCCUCUUUCAGCACUCUGAGAAAAAAAAUAUUGUCUAUAGCUGAAUAUUCAUAGAGUGAAAGAUGGAGCCAAAUCAGUGAUAUGGGCAGAAUUUGGAUGCAGCUACAAUUAGAACAUAACCCCAUUCCUGUUAUGAAAAAUUGUAAACUGCUCAGUUUACAAAAUGCCCAAAGCAUGUGUUUCUUUAAGAACACUAAGCUUGGAUAUAUUUUGCAUCUGCAGGCAUUGAUAUAGUUCCUAAUCUGGCGGCCUUAAAAAAAGAUACCCUUGGACUAUUCAGCCUACCGUUCACUACCUUUUUUGGCAAAAUAUCAACAUUAAGCACCUUUUCUAGUCUGAUUGCACUUGAAUGGAUUCCAACGUGUAAUAAGGCUUGGGGAUGUGCUAACAUUAAACAUGACAAGCUGCAGCAUUUGAAAGGCUGCAUGAUUUUUAUUUGAUUUGGUCAUAAGAACAUUUGAAACAUUCCCAGAUUAAAGAAGAUUGUGCCUUCACUAUCCCAAACAUAUCCAAACUUCUGUUUCUAUUAGGCUUGACAAUUUCUGAGCACAAACAUACAAAGCAUGAAAACUCUUCCAAAUAUUAUAUUGUGAAGAUCACAAUAGUCCAGGUGGCCAUAUUUAAUGUGAAAAAACUCAGACCAUCAUUAAAUUGCCUCCAAGACCAGUGGCCCCCUGGCAUUUUGUAGCCCAAAUAGAUACGUUAGCCCUACAAGAAGUGAUACUGCUCCACUCCUUCAGUUCUUAAAUAUAUUUAGUAAGCUCAUUCACUUAAGACACUGAUUGGUUUCUUUUUAAGUAGUCCAAUAAUUUUACUUAAUUGCUUGAAGCUUCUGACCUUAAUGCCCAGUAUUGCUCAGAAUGAGUUCCCUAAAAACAGGAGAUGGAUAGAUCUGGAAAAAAAAAAAGGAAUUGCAGGAAUCCAGAGGUGGGUGACCACCAAUGAAACAGCACUUAAAAUGGUUAGAGGGUGGUUGGUAGGGGAGUAGAAGUUUACUGUUAUUUAAUUCUGAAAAAAGAAGCUUUAAAUCCUAACAGUGCUUAAGCACUUAUUUAAUACUUGGGAUUUUUAAGAGGUAACAGAUGAAUAACAGUAGCAUGUAGGUGAGUAGAUGGAAUACCAGUGCCAUCUAUUUACGUUACCUUGUUGGAGUCCUAAAAGAAGGGGUAAAUGUAAACCCUGGGAAUGAAUCCAUAAGGGGUGACAUGCAGAAGUUUCAAUUUUGGUGGCUUACAGGUAUGGGCAGCAAAACACACAAAAACUUUUGUUUAAAAGGGGGAGGGGAUUUUAAAAAACAAAAUAUAUAUUAGGGGUUUUAAAAGAACCAAUUUUGUUUGCAUUGAGCCAAGUGCAAUGGAGUGCAUAGUUUUAAUAUCUUUGUAUGUUAAAGAUUGUUAAGAAGAAGAGAAAAAAAAUCUAUUUUUGUUGCAAAGUCCUCUGUUCUCAGGGACUCUAAAUAAAUUGGGACAAAAGAAAAACCCGCCUUUGUAAGUAUGGGGAAAAACUUUUUCUGUUUAUUUUUUCAUUUGUCUAUUUUUCCUUUUCCUUGUUUAUUUUUUAAAUUCUUUUUAAAAGAUCAAUAAUAAUUGAGGAUUGGUUGUUGUUUUUUUCCUUUUCCUCAUUAGUUUUGUCAUUUUAUGGGAGGGCUGAAGGCAAAAGUUUUGAAAUACACAAAAAUAAACUUGUAAAAAAAAACACUGUAUCAGGUUAAAAAAAUUGAAGACAAUUACAAAAUUACCGUAAAAGUCAAGAAAAAAACUAAAAAAACCUAAGUUGAAAAAAAUUAAAAAUACAAAACCUGGUGCUUCUUACAGUAUAAAAUACAUUAAAAUCUCUAUUAUACAUAGUUUAUGAAUCAAUUAAUUGUUAUCAUAAAGCACAUUUUAGGAAACACGCAUUAUCCCUUCUUUAUGUUUAGCUGAAAGGGGCAGCGGGCUUUGCGGUCAAACAGCAUCUGGCAGCUUCUCAUGGAUCUUCCCGGGUUGCCGAGCGAGAUGGAUGAUGGUGAGGUUGCCAUGGCAAAGGGGGAAGGUUCCUACUGGAACAGAGGCCAUCUUGGGUAGACUUUGUUUCUCUGGCUCCUUUCAUCCUUUUGGCACCUUCCAUCACUGCCACUGCACAUCCUUCUCUUCUGUGUUUUUCUUCGGUCUUGUUUUUCCCCCCAAAAGAGCUAAGCAAAAGUUGACUAGGUGUUUGGCCUUCAAUUCUAUCCCCCACCCCACUUUCUUGUAAACCAGCCUAAUUGCAAUGUUGGGGAGUUUUCCCUUCUUUUUAACUCUGUCUCACAUAUGUAUCUAUUGCUCAACGGCUUCUCUUUGGAAUGAGGAGCUGAUCUAUGAAUUCACCAGCAUCCCUUCCUUUGAACUCCUUACAUUCCUACCCCCAGUUGUAACUCCUGCUUGGCCUUUUUCACAGCCUUCUUGUCUGUUGAGAGGAAUCUUUCCUCUCGGCUCGUUGUGAAAUUGCAAGGCAGAAGGAUCUGUGUGUAAAGCAGGAGCCAGACUCAGAUCAUACCCUGCACCUCACAGAGCAUGGGAGAUUGACUGGAGAAAUUUCUCACUUCAGGGAAGGACCAAGAUGGAUGAUUUUGCCUUACUCUCAACAUGCUUAACUGGCCAGCUGACAUAGUGCCUUUGUAAACCCAUCUUUUGUUGAAACAGAUGGACCAUGUGCUCUGCCUGGGGAGCGGGUGCAGGAAAUUCCACCCCCCUCCUUCUGUAAUCCAUGUGCUUAAAAAGGGGAAAGCAAUAAAAGCCUAGGCUUGACCAGCAAGAGGGAGCUACUUGGGCUAAACAUGGUGGUACCUAGUCCUCUUUGGCCUGGCUACUGCUGCCCCAUCCAAAAGAGAGGGUGAAGGAAGCAUAACUCCAAAAUAAUCCUGAAGACCAUACAAAUCCCUUCCCACACACCCCAAAAGCAUGUCUGCACUUGGGCUUCUCUAAUUCCCUUUUCUGGAUCCCUGAGUCCUCUGUUUGCAGGAAAGGGUGGCUGCUCAGUGACUUUCUCCCCAGUGAUGCUCAGUUGUGGGUUCCCUUGCUGACCCAGGAGGAUGCUAAGGUUCCUUAGGGCCCAAGGCAAUUUCACUUGGUGGGCAGUCACCUUUGCUGUGUUUCUGCCCUAUAAAUGUAUCAGCAUCCACUUUGCUAUCCCUUGAGCUCUUGGCUUGGAGAAGUCAGCUGUCCUCCGUUUGGCUGCCAGUGGGCUGGUAGUGAGCCUCAGACCCUACUUGCUAUGGAGCUGCUUCUUACUCUGACCUUUGCUUUAGUUGAGCCCUUCUGUCCUUCCUUUCACAAGGUACCUUUGACAACCCACUUGGCUUCCCCCUUUCAUGCCCUCCAUAUACCCCCACAUCUCUCGCUCGGCAGUAAAACCUUGAGAUCCAUGAAACUGCAGCUUCCCAGACUGCAACCUACCCCUGCCCUUUGAACAAGUUUCUUCCUUGUUUAAGAAACGCAGUAUAUAUAUGAGUACAGUACAGUAUAUAUAUAUAGUACUAAUGGAAUUUGGUGUGCUUUUUCUCCUUAUCCCUGACUCCCUGGCCUCUUUCCCUGGAACCCCAAGCCUCCCUUUGUGUCUUUCAGUCUGUUUCUCCAGGCCCCCUCCUGCUGCUGACCCCACCCCUCUGCACUUGAAAAUAAAGGGUAGCUCUUUGUCUGUUUUUGUUCUUUCUAAAGUUUCUUCCGUGUCUAGCAGAAUGCAGGUAGCCAUAUGUUAUAACUGUCAAUAUUGCUUCACAACAAAAAUAUAUAUAUAGGAAAAAAGAAAAAAAAAAGAAAAAUCCGAACUGUUUUAUCAUUUUUGCCUGAGCUUUCUUCGGCUUUCUCCAUUGGAAUGGCUUAUUGUGUUAUGUGAAUUUAAAAAAUGAAAUAAAAAUGUUUUAAAAAAAAUAAAAAACAAAAAAAAACCAUAUAUUUUAAAAAAGAAAAAAAAAUCAUCGGCUUCCCUCUUCCCAUUCCCACCAGUUCCUUCCUCAGAGCAGAGAUGGGAAGCCCAGUGGAGGGAAGUGCCGAGGGCUCCAAGAUCAUGUAUCUGUGUCUGUAUUGGUGGGUGAAUGGGGGGGUCAGUUUUCCUUCUUCCCCAUUCCCCUGCUUUCUGGAGGAGCUGCUCAGAAACAUCAAGAUUAGACUCAUUUCUUCCAUAUUCACAUCCUGUUAGCAUUUUGGUCAAAUUUUAAAGUGCCUAAGAGGUAUAUAUAUGUAUAUGUAUAUGUGUGGAAUACAUACAUACAUACAUACAUACAUACAUAUAUAUAUAUAUAUAUAUUCAGCAGAGAGUAGUUCCUGUUUAUUUGGGACUGAGCAUCUUUGUGUCAUGUCUGCUGAUAUGUUGAGAGGUGGCUGCUGCUACUGCUGCUGCUCCUCCUGUUAAUCCUUUGCAUACCUUCUUGCAACCUCUUCUCUGAGGCACUUUUCUCUUUGAAAGGCUCACUUCUGGCUGAAGAGAAAAGCACUUUUGCGGAGUCAGCAGGAAGGUAUGUCCUGGACAGGGAGAGGACUUAGCACUAUUUACCUUUAUCCUCCUUUACUUUUUAAUCGAAUUCUCCUUCCCUCUUUGUUGAUAUUUGGCUAGGGCAGCCUAACAAUAAAAAUAUGGGCAUACUGCUGUCAUAUCUAGUGUGACAGGAAAUAUUAGUGACAAAUUUCAUUUUUGCCUUUGAAUAGACUUAUUUCAAAGGUUGUUUAGGCACCUAUGGGUUUCCAAAAACCUAUAAUGUGUUUGCCAGAGACUGCUGUGAUCUGAUAAAGGGGCCUAAGGUUUAGUGAAAUCCUGGGAGUUCAGCAGCCGUUCCCAAGGGAGGUCAAUGUUAGGAGUAAAGAAACCUUGCUCCUGUUCCCCUUGAAGACUUGGAGGAGCAUCCCUUCCAAAUGGCAUGGAGUUAACUGGGAUGGCAAGUAAGACCAACAGGCCUGUUUUGUUCCCCAAAUCUUAUUUCCUAAGUUUUGUAAGGUGUUUUGUUGUGUCUUCCACUUCUUGCAGAGGUAAAUGACUCCCACUGAUGCCAUUCUGUUUUUCCUUGACCAGGAAAUACGACCACACUCCCUAAGGCUACAAGAUCUAGUGCAAGACCACUAGAAGGCAGCAUAGACAUAUAGUACAGGAAACACUAACCUCUGGGUACUAUCAAAUGGCCAUCCAGAUUUUUGCAACCCAGAUAUGGUAGCCCUAAAGAGUGUUUCCUUCUCUAACCCGCUCAGGAUGUUUACAGGAAGGGCUCUUUUACCCCUGCAGCAAGAAUCCCCAUUUUGACUUAGUCCUAUGUGGAUAUUAAGCUAGCAACUCUCCAUUUCGAUACAAGGACAGGGGGGCCUUUUGUAAGUUUUCCCAGAAGUGUGCCAAGCUAAGGUGUCCCACCUGCCUAGUCUAGACUCAAAAUGCACAUAUCUGUUUCUAUCCAUAUCAGCCUGAUGCUUCAGAGCAGCCAUCUCCAGCUCUUUCCCUUGACCCUUUAGUGCCCUUCCACUCCUUAUGAAGCUGUUGGUUUGCUACUGGUUUGGUUCUGAAAGCAAAAGGAACUCAUAACCCUGCAGCCGACUUAAGGGAAGUGCCUUAAACUGAUGCCUUUGCUGCCACCAGCGAACAAGUUGAGACAGGAAGAGAAAGCGAUCAAACUUUAUGCAUCCAGCUUCAGAAAUGUGAACAAAAUAUGUUUACAAAGAUUACAAGCAAAUCACCUCCAGGUGGGGAGGGGGCUCAUGGGAGCCCCUCGGUUGCUAGCCAUCAUGACUUUCUACCUUUCCCCACCUGCAGGUUUUAUAUAGGGGAAGAUAGCUCAAGUCUGCAGAACAGCUCCUCUGCUAACCCGCCUGCAUUGCACGUAGCUUCCCCCCUCUCCCCCUCUCCCCCAAGAAGGGAACCAGCAGCUGUGAUGUGGUGGGUCAGCUCCUCCAGCCCCAGCCCCUGUCCCAAUCAGCCCUCGGCACUACCCCUCCCUCCCCAAGUGCCACUCUCCGAGCGGGGUGUAAUACGCAUGUAUUAAUUACAAUUUUUCCAUAAUAAAAGUUUAUAGAUGCAGCACCUUCUUUAACUGAUUGAAUUAAAGAAUGUUAUUGACUGUAA